AUGAGCACCACCAUCCCAAUCACAAUCGAUUUUUCUGGAGGCGCAGAGUUCCUCGUCAAAGAAAAAAGCCAAAAAGUUCAAAUACCAGCAGGUCAGUUUGAGCGAUUCAAUUUCAAGGUAAAAAUGUAAAUACAAAAUGCCGAAGAGUUACAAAUUCAAAACGCAUUGCUUCGGUUACUUCUGAUAAGUGGAAUAUCUAACAAUUCCAGAAUCGACUCUUCGAGACGUCCUCAAAUUCGUUCGGGAUAACCUCGUCACCGAUGUUCACAGGAUAAACAUGCUUUUGAACGAGGAUGCCAGCGAGGUGGCUCACGGUAAGUCAGCGUUUUUUUUCCCAUUUCAUUGUCGGUCUCUCCAGGAGUCAUCACUCUCAUCAACGAGACAGACACAGGAUUGCUGUCCGAAUACGAUACAGUCAUCGAAGCAGGCGACACUGUGACCUUCGUUUCAACCCUUCACGGUGGAUAA